UCAUUUUCAGGUAUUUCCUACCAAGUUGGAAAACUAAACGCAUCAGAGACACGUCAAGGAUGGAAUUGCAACAGCGGAUGUGAGGCGCCACAACAUUGUACACUGCCACGCUGCACUAACGUAGUAUUUCCGCAAACGCUUAGUGGAUCUGGAACCGUAAGUAAACCCUAAGCAAUUAAAACUUAUAGUCUAAUCUUCAGGGUUCGGGGUAACUUUCUUUUGUAAGUGAACCACAUCAAGCUUCUUUAAAAAUCUAAUGUUCUUCACAAAUUUUGAUUUGCCAAAGUACUUGUGGUUUUAUGAUGCUUUGACGUCAGCGAUUGGUGCGCAUAGGUAUGCUUAAGUGCUUCUAAUCUCUGGGAUGUGUUUUUGAACAAAACAAACAGAACAAAACAAUUAUAAAAAGCCGGAAGAUUCUGACGAUAAAUAUAGAAGGUCUCUAUUCCAUGAAAUGGGAAAGGAGGGGUGGGGGGUAAGGUGUGAAAGUGUGUGGGGAGGAGGGAAGGGGGCGAUUGGGGUGGAUUAGCUAGACUCUCUUUUUCUUCAGAUUUAGUGAGUGGAGUAAACGCGCGCGGAAGCGUCGAGCAGACGCGAGAAACGAGGGAGGUAUUCUCGCGCCUUCAGUCACGUGCAAGGUCACGCGUGUCUCGCGCUUUUCGCUCGACGGAUUGGGAAAAAAAAAAGAGAGACUGCUCAUAGUCUAGGGUGGAGUUGUCGCCUGUUAAAUUUUCAUUGAUGCCUGUCUUUACCUAACGCAUUUCAGGUUCGAGUUUUUGUGUCAUUAAGCCAUAAAGAUCAGUCUUCAGUUGUUCAUUCGCCUUCCGCCGUCUGGGCAGAGUCCGUUAGUACAGCUGGGUUUCAGUUAUGCUCGCGUGCAACAGGGUCUACAAAUGACACUGGAAUUAUCAACUGGGUAGCGUUUCAGGACAAACCUAUGUUAACGCAUGGAAGCGUUACUUUUAGCGGAAUAUGGACAACAGAAACGAAGUGUGAGAAGGUGGCCUUUUCUCAGGUUAGAUACCAAUGAUUGAUAACAAGUAUACAAUUUUGUUAUAAAGGUGUAAAACGUAAUUAAAUAGUAGAAACAAAUGAAAUAGUACCAGAAAGUAGUUCUAAAACAAAUGAUCACUAAUUAAUAUCCGGAAUUUGCUCUUCAUAGCAGAGUCAACUGCUAAAAGUCUUUUUAAGCUUUCUCUCGCCGCUUAGUUUCAAACUUUUCCUUCCAUCGCCUUAAGAUAAGCCAUUUUCACGUUUUACUUUGGAGGUAGUGAUUGAAUAAUGCGUGACCGUUUUGAAUGUAUUGAUGUGUUAAAGAGAGUGUGGAAAAUAGAAGUCUAUUUAUUUAAUGAUAUUAAAUUUUUAACAUUAAACUUAACAAAGUUAGCCGAAAACGAACAUUGUUGUUUGUAACUUUAUUUAAGUAAUGGGCCAAAUAAGAUGCAUUCACCAACCUUUUCAACACCUCGUAGAAAGAGGUGAAAGAGGGGUAGAAAAUUGAGUUAAUGUGAAUAGACAAGUAGAUUUGAUUAAUCUGCUCCCCUCAGCCUUUGAUAAAUCCUAAAUUUCAUUUAAGUGUCGCUAAGUACUUCAUGGAUAAGUUCCUGCUGAUUUAUCUUUCGAGAAGCUUGUUUAUUUUCAGUCAAUAGUGUUAAUUUCAUAUAUCUAACAUCUUUUUGCAGAGCUUUGCUUCCAAGCCUCGUGUAUUUGUCUCUGUUAAGUACACUCGCAGCACAAAGCCAAAUGACGCUAUGUACUUAUGGUUAGAGAACGUCAAUUCUGGAGGAUUUGAAGUGUGCUUAAGGGAAUUCUUGCCCUUUGAUGGACAACACCAAGAUGCAGUUGUGGUAAGUGAUGCAGUCAUUUCUUGUUAAAGGAAAUGUGGUUCGAAACCUGUCGCAACUCGUCUUGUAAAGAAAAGGGUAGCAAAUUAAAAUUAUUUUCUUGUCCGCAGGACUGGUUUGCAUUCACUGUGAAUGGGAGUCAACUUAAUUUCACAAUAACUGGGGAAGAAAUCUUUCCAAACAGUGGAAAUCCAUCGGCCAAAAACAACUACGGCUUCUGUCAGGUGAAAACUUUAGUUCUAACAAGAACAUUUAGCAAGCCAAAGAACACUGAUUUUUUAGUGGUUAAGUUCACACUAAAGAAAACUUAAAAUACAGUAAACCCAAGCUUACCAGGCCAUGGUAAUCAACAUUGUAUCCAAAAUGGCAAUUCCCAGAUGUGCGCGACAUGUUUGUCUCGCGAUUUUUAAAUUUCGUGACUGCGCGAGAAUUUUAUGUUUCGACUCUCUUCAAUUUCGCGUUGUAGACAGUGGGCGAAUAUUAGAAGUGGGGACUUAACAGAAGAUGGGCAAAAAUAGAGGGAGAAGUGAGCACGUUCAGAUCCAUUUACUAACUUACAUGACUUUUUUUUACCUAUUUACAGGAAGUACCUUUCAAUACGACCUUUUACAAAUCGCCAAUUGUGAUUCUUUCCGUAAAUCAUGAGUAUAAUCUUAAGGUCAAGGGAAGUCGUCCUCCAGAAAAUAAUAUAAUUUCAGCCUGGCUAGAGGUAAGUUUGCUUUUUUAUUCUAACCUGAGAAAACAGCCCGCCCGACAUUUCGCGCGACGCCAGCACUAGUUUUCCCACAAAAUGAAGAAAACCCCGAAAACCCCGUUUCACGACGCAAUUACUGGCUUUCCCGUGAAAAGACGUCUGUGGAAGAGUGCAGAAAUUCCAUACUGAUGACGUGUACUUCCCAGAUCAAGAUAGGGCUUCUGAUUGGUCAUGCUGCAAAAUAAAUUUUCUUUAACCAGUCAAAAGUACUGCAUGUCCAGAUCUGCGUAGUGACACAUCAUCAGUACGCAAUUUCUGCGCUCGUUCCUCAGACGUCUUUUCACGGAAAAGCCAGUAAUUGCGUCAUGAAACGGGGUUUUCCUCACUGGGUUAUAUUCUUGAUGGUCACUUGAGGUUAAUGAUAAUGAACAGGGAUUCUUUCAGUGCUUUGCUACAUUAUUCUAUUCAAUUGUUUGCUUGAACUGUCAUGACACCUUUGAGACCCAAAAGCCCAUAUCCCUUGUUCAAUCAGGGGAGAGAAGAAAUCCGUUUAUUCUAGUAAAUUUGUAAAAGGACUGUGAAAACUGUGAAAAAGCCAUAAGAAAACAAUAAUUUGGAUCUGAUCCCUGAAUUUCAUGACUUAAAGGUAUCGUCGUAGAAAUCAAGCAGAAAUUAUGGAUUUUCUAGUAACUGAUGAGUGCUAUCACAUUUUGCUGUAGGAAGUUGGAUUAGAAUCUAUGAAGGUCUGCGUUAAAGACCUCAGUGGAUUAGGAUCGAGUCAUGAUCCCUUGAUUGUCAGCUACGCUGUUACUGGAGGUUGUUUAUAAUGUUCCUAUUGUAAUGAUCACUAUUUCUAGUAAGAACUAUUGUUAUUUUUAUUAUCAUUAUUACUAUUAUUUUUAUUGAUAUCUUUUAGAAGUUCUUAUAUGUAGGAAUACAUUUCAUGAUAUAAUUAAGCAAACACUGGAGUACAAACACUGAUAUACCUUAUUCAUGUUACACUCUAUCUUUGCACGAACUUUAAGAUUGAUUAUUGAUGGAAUAAGAGCAAUUAGAGGGCACACAAGUAAUAAAAUUUCCAAUACUAGUAAUCGAGUAAUCGCGGUCGGGUUUGGUUAUUCCCUCCAAAAUAAGACGACGAUUUUAGUCAUGCAAAAUGCAAAAUGUAAACUUUGACAAGUUCUACGUCACAAUUCCUUGCUGUGAAGAUUUCUACAGUCGCAUACUGUAUUCAAAAUCACUUCCAGCCAUAUUUUGCGAUUUUAGUUUUUAAGGUGAAAACGUCUUAAUUUCCUAUUGUGUAGAUAAAACAAACUCGACUGCAUUCUUGUAUUAACUGAUUUUAUCUCUUGCUUGCCCCCUGAGACACCACGUAACAUUGCUUUAAUUUUUUCUAUCAGUCUUUAAGCGCGUGCACAGAUGGCGGGUAUCGUUAAUAAGGUCUACUAAGGAUAAAAAAAAAAAAAAAAAAAAAAAAAAAAAACAGUAGUUGAGGUACCUACAAGCAAACAUGUUACUACUACUGAACAGUAAUUUAGUUUUAAUUGAAAUAUGAAAAAUAUACUAAACAUUUAUGUUUUUUUUUCCAAAUGGAUAACUACUCAAUAUCAUGUUUCUUUUUUCUUGGUACAGACCUUAAUCCUUGCCUUAAUGUGCAUUGCCCACGGUUUGGAGUCUGCAGGACCUACAGUGCUCAUGACGCUCGGUGUGAGUGCGAUGACCAGUGCCCCUUAUAUAAGGACCCAGUGUGUACUGCAAACGGAACAACUUACGAUAACCGAUGCUGGCGUAAGUUAAGCUAUUGCAAAGGACUUGAAAAUAAUCCGGUUUAUCACCCAGGAAGUUGUGAAGGUAACGAAAAAUAAUUUCAACGAUUUUUUUGGCUGUAUAUUCCACAUAAAAUAGUCUGGCAGCUAAAGGUCAAAUGAACCAAAAAUUCGACAUUUUUUCAGCUUAGUUCAAUUCUAGUGAAAUAUGUUUAAUAUGAAGCGAAUAAACAUACUAUGAAGUUUCAGCUCAAUUGAAGCAAGCAUCUUCGAGAUAUUCGCAAUUAAAAAUUGUUAUUUUUUGGCCUUUAUCUUCGUAGAGCAGUCGGAAAAAUUGUCGGUAAAAACAGCUUGUGACGUCAAUGUUGGUGAGGUGAAAAAAAAAAGCGGGAAAUUCAAAACAGUGUUUUUCGAGUCGACUUGGCGCAGACAUUGUGUGGUUUUUGCGGCCAUAAACCUAGAGAGAACAAGCAACUUGUCUUCAAAAGUUGCAAGCUGCGGUUAUAACCUUAUUAUUUAAUUUUCUCGAAGAAUACAUCAUAGUAAAACGGACUUUAACGACAGCAUUAAUUUCCUUGCCCUGUACAUGUACUGGAAAUGUGCGUGCGUAGGUCCGAUUUUUUUCAAGAUGUAUUCACAAGAUCUGUUCAUAUAAGGAAGUUUCUGGAUAUAUAAGGUCCGGAGCUCCACUGUGGACACAAAAACAAAAUAUCCUUGCAUAGUGAUUUUCCCAAAGAAAUUCACGCUUGCCCACAAUGUGUUUGAAGUCAUUGAACUUUGUCGCACUCGAGCUGAUAUUUUAAAACUCACGCUCGAUCGGACACUUGUGCUUCGCAGAACACUAAAAUAUAAACAAAAUCCUCAGUGUAGAAGUUUUGGCGUUGAUAUGUGGACAGAAAAAGAGUUAAUCUUUUAUCUAGUAAAAUCUUCCCCAAAAUCGGUUUCAAAGCAACUACCGUGACUGUUUUUUAAACUUGAUCUUUUCGCGCAGAUAAAGUUUGCUUUGUGUUGUCAAGUUCAACAUGCAUAACACCUGUCAAAAACCAAGUAAGAUUUCCUUCAAACAAAGCUGAAGUUACAUUGUUACAAAAACUUCUCUCCAGUUAUCUAUAUGAUUUAAUUACCGACUGAGGUCACUUUAAGAACCAUAGACGCCACUUUAAGCUCGCAAAGAGAGGCAACAAGCAAAGAACAAUUCCAUCAUGCAUAAAAUUCAGCUUAAGUGAACUAAAAAAAGCUUCAAUAAGGUUGCAAAACAACAAAUUACCAUUAAAAAAACAUAAGGCUUAAAGCUCAUAUACCCGCUGACAAUGAAGAAGUGAAUUUUCUGUGCGAAAUAACCUACCUAAAGAUCUUAAAAGCAAAAGAUCAGUUGCAAGCUUCGCACACAAGCCGUGAUUCACCAUUUCAGAGCUAUUUUUAAAAACUGGUCCAUGCGAUGGUCUUCAUUCAAGCAAAUUAAACUCAGCAAACUGAAUAAUUAGAAAGUACCGAAAACUGCACAUAAGGGUUUGUUUUGCUCGCUUCAGUCAAAUCCAGCUCCAGCAAUUGUUUACGGGCAAAGAGUCAAUUGUUUUGAAGUCACUGCCGGCAGUUGUCGUUGUCGUUGCGUACAGAAAAAAAACAAAACUACGUAAUUAAAAAUAAAAAAAAAAAAAAAAAAAAAAACCUCUGACUAUUAUUACUUGAGCAACAGAAAAGUGACCGAAGUAGUCUGUUCUUCUCGAAUAAGCUUGCUAGCCUUCUAUAGUUCCGAGGAAGUUUUAAGCGCUCAAGUUUUUUCACUCUCAAGCGUUAGCAUUUAAUACGGUUUUGACAUAAGACAAGGAUAAAGCUGGUUCUGCAAAGGUAAAUAAAUCUGGACAUGUAAAAAACUCACCGUAACUACUAAUAACAGAAUACAAGCGGGUUUUAAUUCAGCCUGGCGAAAGAAGGCGAAGCACUGGACACAAAAUCAAUUCACAAAUCGAAUGUACAAUUAUCAGAAAAGUACAAGCCUCUUUGGAAAUGUUCAAAACGUUCGCACCUCGUGUAUUUCAUUCAGUCUCAGUCAGAACUCUCACAGAACGAAACAAACAAACGCAGGCGAUAAGGGAUGCGCAGAAGCUUGCGCAGAACGUUUUUCCGCCUUGAAAGACUAACAUUGACGUCACGUAGUCUCCAGUCCAUCAUGCGGCCAUUUCAGAAACGUUUUCGUGAAGUCUUCGGAAAUGCUCGGAUUUUGAUCUUUUAUCUUUCUAUAAAGGCUUGGGAAGAAAAAUCUUUUAGGAUGUUUGUUUUUAGUGUUUGGUGAAGGUAAAGCGACAAAAGAAAAUAUUUCAAUUUUUUGGUUCAUUUGACCUUUAAGCUCUCGAUCAAUUAGAAUUAUAGGUGUUGGCUCAAAAUUGCAUUGGCUUCUAGCUAUGAUGUUUAUAACUUUUCGUUACUUUUAAGCUCGCUUUUAGCUCCCCACGCAGGCUAAGCAACAGUAGGCAGCUGUAACAAGCUACUUCGUCUCUCUACUUUGGCAAACAAACAUAUAACAGCUCAGACUAUAGCCGAUGUUUGAUCUGUGUAAGAUCUUUUACUCUCUUUUGUCUUGCAAUCUAGUUUUUGUCAUGUAAAAUUAGAUUACACAAAGUUGCUCAGGGCAAAUAUGGUGCAAAAAAGUGCAAAAGAGGAGGAAAUUAAAGACAAAGGUAGUAAAUGUAGAAUUUACAUACCAGUUUACACGUGUACAUGUCAUCACGUACGCUUUUGAUUUAUAAUUUUUUUGUUGCCCCCCUCCAAUGUACUGGCAUAUGUUUAUCUUGGGCACUGAAAACAGCAUGCAAUAAUACGCAGCCACUAUACAUUUCGUUGUUGAAAGGUAGCCGCCAUUGCAAGUUACAGCCUAGGUUUAGUUCGGUAUCCAUUUCCACGCUUUUUUUUAUCACCAUCCUUCACCACUUAGAGUCGCACUACAACGCAAGCUAGGGAAGCUACCUAAGCGACAAUGCUUAAAGAGCACAGUGAUGCUUCCUUAUAAAGUACUUAAUUUAUUACAAAACAGGUUUUCCAAUUGUACGGGGCCGUGUAGAUCUGCUACAGGUUCCAAAAUGGUCAGAUUCAAACUGUCAGACAGUCACAUUUCCUCCAUACCGGUUUUAUCCGGAUAAACAAGUUCAUGUUCAAAUAACCGUCAAUCACAUGAAGCUGAAUGACUCUGUGACAGUCCACGACGCUGUUACUUCAUGGACAGAAAGUAUCAACACAAAAAACUUCACCGUCUGUGUCAUGCAAACCGGUAGGAAAGAAGAAGGCGCGAAUCCAUUUGCCACCAUUGAUUGGGUGGCUUAUCAAGGAGCACCGCCCGAAGGAUUGACGGGAACGGUUGAGUUGCAAAAAUGGUGGUCUGGUACCAACUGCGCAGAUGUAACCUUUCCUACGGUGAGAUGGGAAUGUACAUAUUAAAUUAAAUAAUUGUUGCAAAUUCAAUUGAUGUCUCCAUGACGAAUGUUAGACUUUCAUUCAUGUGACAGCUUUAAUCCAUGUCUUGAAAAAAAAAAUAAUAACAACAACAACAAAAACAGCAAAAACAAAACAAAAAAAACAAAUAAAUACUAAAUAAUUGGAAAAUUGAGUGUUGUAACCCUUAGCCAAAACAUGACUGAUUUAAUCACGAUUUGUUUGCGUAACAAAAGAAGAAAAGCAUCAAGAGCGAAACUGUGAAGAAGAGACCUCCUUAACAUCCAUUUCAGCAAAAUGAAGCGCUAAUCUGAUACAAGGAGACAACUUAUAACAAAAAAUAAAAAGCGAAAUAUUUAUUUAUCUAUUUGAACUAACUGAAUUUGGAAAGACAAGAAUUCAUAUCUUAAGUUAAAGAACAUAUUAAAACUUUCCUUGAACUAGAAAAACAAGACACAACGUUAAGAAAAAAUAAUGGAUCAUUACGAGGUAACUGGAGAGAUGAUUGCUAGAUCUUCUAAAAUGUUGUGACCGACUUAGCGACUUAGUUAACAAGACAACAUUAGAUAACAAGUAAGAAUGGGAACUUACUUAGUGGUUAGUUUCAAGUAAUUUUGCAGCAAUAUUCAAAAAAAGCUGUUUCGAUUGUUGUUAUUGCUCUUUGUCUUCAGGGCAAGUUUGCCGAGGCGCCAAUAGUCCUUGUGACCUCAGAACACCUGAGGACUGGUAAAGAGUAUGAUGCUGCUCUAAUUUGGAUUGAAGACGUAACUAAGGACUCAGUUAAAGUCUGUCUUCGUGAAAUGCAAAACUUCGACGGUAGACACCAAGAUAUCACUGUGGUACGUUCUUAGUCAGAUUUUAAAAAACUGGAAAAAAGUUUUCUAUUGCUUUUAUGAAAUAACUUUCCCGAGAAAAAACGCAAAACUGUUUGUAUGGCACUGAUUAAAAGAGAAAUUCUUACCAGUCGCAGUGUCUUGUCUACGAAGUCUUGCACGCGUAAUCAGUUCUUGUUUUGCAAAAAGAUGCUUUUCAAAAUACGGAUUUUUCUCGCUUAAAAUGUCAGCUUAAGCGAAGAAAAAUUGACACGCCUUCGUUGUAACGAUUUUCCAAGUUUCAGUCGACGAAGUAGUGGGUAAAUAAAGAAAACUUGUCCAGUUUUGAACUCGAAAAAUUUUUCAAAUUCGUGCUUGCGUAAUUGCAAAACAUCUUGACGCCACAACCAUGUUUACAUACUCUCAUGCAAACACUCCUCUCAGCCAAUCAGAGCGCGCGUACUAUCUUAGUUAUUUUCUAAAUAGGGAUCGUCUGGGCGAUCGCGAGUGAUGAUCAGUAAAACGAAAGGAAAUGCUGUUCUGAAAGAAAAACAUAAAAAGAAACGGAAAUAAUAAUAAUAGUAAUAAUAAUAAUAAUAAUAAUAAUAAUAAGAAGAAGAAGAAGAAGAAGAAGAAGAAGAAGAAGAAGAAGAAGAAGAAGAAGAAGAAGAAGAAGAAGAAGAAGAAAAAGAAAUAAAUUGAAUAGCAUUACGGGUGGUGAAUUUUAAAUAGCACACAAAUUGGCCUGCCUUGUCCCCAUGCCUCCCUUCACGCUCUUACGUGAUUCGCCUGAUGUCUUAAAAAAUGUGGAUUUGCAUCCUUUCCUUGACUCUUUGCGCUCUUUGUUAGGUCACAACUUCAUAGAGUUCAAAAUGCUGAGUUUAUUUAACUGUUUUGUCGGUGUGAUACGAUUCUGUCACAAGAUGGGUGGCAUCACUUUUGUUUUUUCCUCUUUUCACAGAACUGGUUUGCCUUCUCCAAACUGCACAAGCCUCUUUUCACUGAACAUGGCGUCAUAAGUUUUCCAAAUACGAACCCACCUUUGGAUAAAAUGAACAAUGCUUAUUGUGAGGUGAGAAAAGAAUUAUUUAAAAAGCACUGAGUUGCAUGCUGUUCAAAGAAUUUUCCCUCACAAGUAUAUCGCUUACCUAAAUCACUGUUUAUAUUUUCAAAACAAUUUUAGUAAUAUACACUUUACGCAAUAGAGAUCAAAGUGACUAGAAAAGUAAAGAAGCUGGUCCACUAAACAAUACUUUAAGACAAGAGUUCAAGAACUACAGACCGAUAACGUCCCUCUAAGUGUUUGAGCAACUGCUCUGUAAACAGGUGACUGUGAAACUCGACCACAUCUUUUCUAGCCUAAGCACUGCUUACAGAGAGGGACACAGCUGUGAGACAACUCUACUACAUCUUACUGAGGACUGGACGCUAGCAAUAGACAGAAAAGAGCUAGUAUGUAUUGUAUCGACUGAUAUGAGUAAAGCGUUUAUUUGACUCUCUGAGCCACUCGCCGACACUAACGAAGCUUGAAGCAUACGGUUUUGAGUCCUCAGCGUUAGACCUCAUGCGAUCAUUCUUUAACAACCGCCAAAAUAGAGUAAGAUUGGGAAAUAAGGAAAGCAACUGGUAUCAAAUGAGCAGAGGGUCUUCCUUCAGCCCCCUGCUCUGGAACUUAUUUCAGAAUGACCUAUCCUGCUCUAUAACUUCCGCUAAACUUUCCAUCUAUGUGGACGACCACCAGUUGUACACCUCAGGAACUAGUUUUACAGCUGUAAGGGAAGCCUUAGAGCAGGAAGGUCAACUUGCGGCGUCUUGGUAUCGUGAUAACUUUCUACUCGCAAAUCCUGACAAAUUCCAGGCGAUGAUCCUUUAUCCUAGAAGAAGAGAUGGUAGGGUCAUUACAAACACAGAUUACAUCAAACUACUUGGCGUCCACAUUGAUUGCAGUAUGAACUUCAGUGGUCAUAUUAGCGAACUGUGUAAGAAAGUCAGUAAGAAGGUAGGGAUCCUAAUGCGCCUGCGCAGUCUUGUUCCCUGCUCAGCUAUAAGUCUUCUAUAAGUCUUCCAUCCUGCCUUACCUUACCAACUGCCAGCUGGUAUGGCACUUCUGUAAGGCCUCCAACAGGAGAAAAAUAGAACGUCUUCAAGAACGUGCCUUAAGAGCGGUAUACUGAACUAAGUCUGCCUCUUACCAGACACUACCAAAAUAUCAUCAGGACUUCUCAGGUUGCAAAAUCGUAGAUUGCAGGAUAUAGCUAUACUUAUGUACAAAGUCAAGAACAACCUCGCUCCUACCGACGUGGCAUAACUUUUUAAUUUAAAUAAUUCGAGGUAUUCUCUGCGAAACAUGGAGUUUCAUCUACCUACUAGAUUCCUACUACGGCAAACAUUAAUUUCGUUACUUUGGACCUUUACUAUGGAAGAGACUAAACAACAAGGUCAAGUAAUCACUUAGUCUUCAGUCUUUCAAGAAAGCUAUCAGAAAUUUAGAUAUUUCUGGUAUUUUUUUCAUUUUAUUUUAUUUUAUUAACGUCGACCAAAAAACAAACAAACAAACAAACAAACAGAAAUAACGUUGGCAGGGACACCGCAACAGCUGUGGCCAAUUACAGUGGGCCUGGAUACUAACUGAAUAAAAAAAAUAAAAACAAGAAAUAUUAAAAAACACAGCGAUACAAGAAAAACUACAGCUACAUACAACCAGUUACUGGACGAGACAGGGGACGAGCACUGUUACAUUUUAAACAGAUAGACUUGAACGAACGUGGGUCUUCACAAUCAUAAGAAACAGCUAAAGCGGACUUAUAAUAAUUAAAAAUAACCGAUUUAAAGGAAGCUAAGGUCGGUGAGCUGAAAUCUAGUUCAUCCACUAAACAAUUCCAAAUUCCACUGGUUGUAAUGAGAAAGGAUUUCUGGUACGUAAUAGUUUUACAUUUCUUAAUUAUGUAUUUACAUUGCUGGUUGAGGAUCUAGUGCGUCUACCGUGUUUGCGAACUUCAGGUAGGACGGAGGAGUUCACGUUAACAAGACCGUGUGUGAAUUUGAAAAAAAACAGGUUAAAUCUAAAAGUUCAUGCCAGUAACAAAUAGGUAUUAGGUUUAGAUUUUGUAAACGAGAUUUAUAACUUACAUUAGAAGUAUAAGGUAGUUUUAACAUAAACUUAGUCGCGCGUCUUUGGAUACGCUCAAGCUUGACAAUGAGCUUGCUGGACUGCGGGGCCCAAAUUUGGGUGGCAUAUCCCAAAUGUGGCCUAACUAGGGCUAGGUAUAGCGUCCGUCUUACGUCGGUUCUAAGUAUGAACCUGGUGUUCCUCUUUAAGUAUCCAAUUAGUUUAUGAGCACGCGAAAAUUGUUCGUUUACUUGUUUGUACCAUGUCAGAUCCUUAGUAAUUCAUACGCCCAGAUCUUUUUCUGCAGAAUAUAAUUCAAGUGCGGUGUUGUACACUUUGUAAGAGGAUAAGGUCGGCUUUGGUUUCCUUGUUAUGUGCUGCGCCUUAUACUUAGCUUCGUUAAAAAGGAGACCGGAUGAUUGAGACCAAGUUGCAAGCUUACCAAGGUCUUUCUGGAGAGAAGAGGCAGCCCCCAAAGUCUUUAUCUUUCUGAAUAUUCUUGUGUCGUCAGCGAACAUCAAUACUCGACUGCUAGAACUGAUGACUUCGGGAAGGUUAUUGACGUAUAAGAGGAAGAGGGCUGGUCCGAGUAUGGAACCCUGAGGUACUCUAGAGGUAGCAGGAAGAUCCUCUGAAGUGGUGCCGGUUACCGUAACGCGUUGGCGUCGACAUGACAGGUAAGAGCAGAACCAGUUAAGCAGGCUGCCACCAAAACCGGCCUGGAUUAGCUUAUGGACGAGACGUCUGUGACUGACUUUGUAGAAAGCUUUUGACAUAUCAAGGUAGAUGGUGUCAACCUGGCUGCCACUAUCUAAAAGUGAACCAGUGUGGUCAAAAGCCUCGAGCAGGUUGGUGACGCACGAUCUUCCAGUACAAAAACCAUGUUCUUUAGGUGAAAUUACAUGGUACAGGUGGUCCAUGACACUGUUCAACGCAAAACGCUCAAAGACCUUGGACACUAUUGGAAAUAGAGAGAUGGGGCGGUAAUUUUCCACGUGGUCUUUCGCACCCUUUUUGUGGAAAGGCACGACGUUAGCUAGUUUCCAGUCACUCGGGAGAGACCCUAGUUGCAGUGAUUUGUUGAAGAUCUUACAUAAGGAAGGAGCAAUCACUGAGGCAAUCUCUUUAAGCAAUUUGCAGGGAUUUCGUCCGGCCCUGUGGCUUUACUGACUUCUGGUGCUUUCAGUGCAGCUAGAACCGUGGACUCAUUGAAAAUUAGAUCGGAUAUAACAGUGCCCAAACGUUUGCACGCUGUCUUCUCCACUGCGCUGUCGAUAGUAAAUACAGAGGCAAAAAAACUGUUAAACAGGUCAGCUAUUCCCGCAGGUGUAUCAGCACUUACUCUUAAAGGGUUUUGUGACUGGUCAAAGAAGAGUCUGGGACGGUUACCAAGGAGACAUGGCCUAGGAUAGGAUAAGAUUAGAGUUAAGCUUCAAAUUGACCAUAAGCGCUUGGGAUUGAAUCUAAAGCCAGUGUCAAUAGAGCCGUAAAAGUGAUCACGGCUUUCGCGAAGCAGUUUCUUGACUUGCGCCCGCAGAGACUUAAACUUAUCCUUCAGGCCGGCGUUCGGAUGUGACUUAAGUUUUUGGCGAACUGAGUUCUUUUUCUUGAUUACAUUUGAAAUGUUACUAUCUAUCCAAGGGACCUGGUUACGGCCUUUCAGUCUCUUCGAUGGCACGAAGUCCUUGACAACGGCUAGGAAUAAGUCCUUCCAGCACCGCCAGUCAUCAUCUAUAUUGUUAUGGCCCACAAUAGAAGAAAGAUUGAUUGCCGAGAGCACUUCACGCAAACCUUCAAAAUCGCCAUUUGCGUAGUCGUAGACAAAUUUGCGCGGGUGUGAGGACGCAUUAACAAAAGAAUUGUACUCAAACAGGACUACACAAUGUUCCGUAAAAACACCGGCUUUAUCAGGUGACAACGCCUCGGUCACUUUGGUGUGAUCUGGGGCACUUCUUAUCACUAGAUCAAGAAUGUUACUACCUCGAGUCGGUGUGUGGUUAGUUUGCGUCAAGAAAUGGUCAUGCAACGCCUCGAUAAAUGGCAGAUCGUUAGCACCUUAAGCGCUAUCUACGGAGUCCCAGAAUACUAAUGUAAUCUUCUGAUCAAAUUUAGGAGAAAAUAACUGUGACGGUUAUGACCUUUGCAGAUCCUAAUUUUAUGAUUUUAAGAUCUUAAGAUUUUAAUAUGUAUUAUUAUGAAUUACUAUGUAUUUUAGAUUAGUGUGCCCAAUUAGAACAUAUCAUUAUAAUUAGUAUUAUCAUAGAUUAUUAUUAUUAUUAUUAUUAUUAUUAUUAUUAUCUAAUUUUAGAUAAGUGUCCCCAGUUAGCCAUAUACGUUUGACACUUAAAUAAAGUUCUCAUGUCUUAUUGUAUUGUUAUAAGACCAUAUCAAAAUAUCAAAAUGGCAGUUUGUUCUGUUAAAAUGAUUAAUCGCAAAUAUUGCUUGUUCAAUUGUGACUUCCAAAAUAAACACAAUGACGGGAACUGAAGCUUUUAGUGAUUAGGGAAUAGUGUUAAACGUUUUACGUUUCUCUUCCAUGGCAGUUCGUUUCAUUCACAAGAGCUUAUAACUCGACUCCGACAGUUCUUGUCUCAGCCAAUCACAGUACGACGGUAUCUGGGAAUUCAGCACCGAUUCACAACGGAAUUACAACUUGGAUCGAGGUAAAAUAUUCCGUAAUUGGGCGGGAUUGUGAGGAUGUAUCAAGGCAAACAAACUUCAAACCAAAACUCAACGAAAGAUAUAACUGAACAGAGACACACGCUGGCUUGAGGCGAUGUAUAGGUCGAUAUUAGGUGUGGCGCAAAAAUGUGCCGAGUGAAGUUGAGAUUGCUUAUUGGCUUCCUUUUGACGUUAAUUAUUGAAUUCGAUCAUGGUGUCGGUACAAAAUAACAUCUUUAAAUUAUCAGCAGGCGCCGCGCGCCGUGGUCUCGAACUUCAGGUUUCAACGUUACUUUGGAGCUGUUUCCUUGGCCACGAAACUUUGCUUCAAUUAUUUGGCUGCUUUCUUCAUCAACAGGGAUACUUAGCUCCGUCCUUCUGGGCCUCAUAGCUCAUUUGUGCCAGUGCCGUGCCCCUUAUUAGGGUAAAAAGGAUAUUUUGAAUAAAAUUUCGAACCUUUAUUCACCAUAUAAGUCUUUAAUUUUUUAUACCUUUGUUAUUUCUAAAGCUUCUUUUGAUUUUCUAGCGCUCGUUAAUUACUUUCAUCAAACCACAGUGUUAAUUCACGGCGAAUCUUCGCAUCUCUAUGUUACAUAUUAAGAAGACGUAGGAGAACGUUUUAAAAAUAUUCUGGUAUUCUCUUCCUGUUAAUUCAGUUGUUUAUGACUACAAUUUUAGCUGAACUAAACUACUUUGAGCGCUUAUUAUUAUUAUUUUUUCAGAACAUGAAUACCUCUGGAUUCAGAGCCUGUGUCAAGGAAUUAUACGGGACUAGAUAUGACCCCUUAUCCGUCGGUUAUGCCGUGCUCACAGGUCUGUAAUACUACUGAGUUCAUUUAUGAAGUAGUUUUUAGCAAAUGAAAAAAGAAACGUUAUUUGUUACCGGAUUCAUCUGGAAAUACUUUGGAAAUGCCCUAAACUAAUAACACAAUGCAAGUUGAUGGCUUUGCAAGUCAUGGCGGAGUCAAGAGAGUGUACCCGUUGACAUAAAAAAGAUUCUUGAAAUUCUUUCAAGUUACAAUUUUCCUACCCCUCGAAGAAUUUCACCGUUUAAUUAAAAGUUUUCUUAAAGGAUAAAUAACGAGAAUGAAAGACCUUGCUAGAAAUUAAAAGCGCCAUGCUUAAAACAGUCGUUUGAAUAGUUCGAUAUAUUUUAUCUUUAUGCGAGUGGUAUAUCCCUAUCGCUAGUCUUCUAUCCAAUAAUAUCUUACUAGUACCUUGAAACGAUUAAGCUUUGGAAAACAUUUUCGCAUCUCGCUCCCAACAGUACUGCGAGUGAGAUGCUGCUAAAGAUUUAUCAAUCCGGCAGUUGAUUUGAAUGUAUAUAUUUUUGACGCUUACGUUUAUCUGUAUUUCGCAGACAUCUGUGAACCUGAUUGGAACUAUUUCAAUGGCUUUUGCUAUUUCACAAGUAAGACUUGUCAAAACUGGACCACAGCACUGGAUAAAUGCCGACAAGAAAACUCGGUUCUUGUUGAUGUCCAAAAUAACGAAGAAAAUGUGUUUUUACAGCAUCUACACAAUGGAGCAAAAUCCUGGCUGGGAUUGAAUGAUAUUUUCUCAGAGGGCUCCUUUACUUGGGCAGAUCGUGGUACUGGAAACUUCACAGCUUGGGCUAAAAACCAACCGAACAAUUUUCGGGAUGAAGACUGUGUGCAUACACUUGGUGUUGAAUAUAAAUAUGAAUGGAAUGACGUGAAAUGCAGUGACUGUCAUCAGUAUACUUGUAAGAAAGGUAAGAUGUGAUGUAUAAGUUUAGGAAUGCACAAGAUAGAAAAAAGUCUACCUAAGAAAUUCAAUUUUGGUGUGUUAAUCGUGAUAAAUAUAUAGUUUUUUAUUUUUAAUUUGAACAGAUUUGAAUGAAUGCAGUAGGGACAAGUAUUACUGCCAUCAAGUCGCCAGCUGCACAAAUUAUCGAGGUUCAUUUAAUUGCACUUGUGAUCAAGGCUACUUUGGAGACGGCUUUGAAUGCGAGCUCAAUUACGCAAGUAUGGUCAGAUAUAAAAUUGCAGCACUGCAUGUUAAUGAUGACCAGCAAGUUGAUUUUUUAGUAAUCUAUUCUCACUGGAGCCAUCAGCAAACAAUGCCCGUAAUUCCAAUAAUAUAUGGGAGACCCAGCCCAAGGCGGUAGGAGCGGGGAGCUCCUCGUAAAGAGAUAGUUCAUCAAUGCGGAGAAAUUUGUUGGGCGUGUAAAGAAAUGUACGAAACACUGAAAAGACUGAGCAGGCUAUUAAUUGCGAAGAGAAACUAGCGUUAUACAAGAAACCCACCAUGUACAAAUAGGUAUAGGAUAGCCACGGGCUAUACGCGGCGUGCUAGUAUCACGUUCUUUUAUUGCGGAGUUCUUAUGUUUUCAAUGGCCAUCAUUCAGUAGCUUCUACUACAUACAUGCAACCUCUAAAUUUCGAGUGUCUUUUUAUGAUUUCCCAUUCUAAACGACACGCUAUGGAGAAGAGUAGCUGCGCAGGCGACAUGGUAUCCUCCUCCUUCUUACGACUCUUAAGUUUGUAGUUUAAUUCGGUGGCCUGGUUAAUAUUUUGCAUGUUCCGUAGCAUGAGUAGCAGGCACUUGGAAGUAGUGGGCGAAAGAGAGAACGGGCGCGCGCGAUCGAGGGACACACGCUCGCGCGCCCGUUUUUUCUUGUGCCCACUACUUCCAAGCGCCUGCAACAAAGGCUACAUAUUCAGCCUUAUUAUUACCCCUAGUUUUAGACUCUUGUUGUGAGGAAAGCCAUUCGAAAAUCGAUAAUUUUGCCUCGCAAGGUAAGAAUCCGAUGCGCAUUGAAAAAGAGUUUUUAAAUUCCCGGGUCCGUUCGAGGCCACCAACUCAGGGUCUUUAAAUCACUGACUGAGAGGAUAAAUUGUGUUCUUUGAAAAGACAUGUUCAAAUGGUUAAACUUUUUAGUCUUCUCAGACAAGGACGAUAAACCGUAGGCCCCGUCUCCCAACUGUUUAAAACAACCCAUGCUCUUUUCGUAAAGAGUAGGGGACGCAUGCUCCGGUGUCGUGGUCUAUCUCCCAUGGUGGGCGGGACUGUUAUGGAUCCUCGGUAAUAAGCGCCGCGCGCUGUUGCUGUGACCCUGCCAAGAACUGGUGAACCUAAGUAAAUAAAUUAGUGAUAACUUUGUCUUUAACUUUUGUAGGGGGUUUGAAACAGUCUACUACUGUGGGGAAUGAUGCUAACUACUUGCA